AUGGCAUCCGAUGUGGCUUGUAGUACCGCAUCUAUACUUUUACUCGCUAUUAUUAGUUUUGAUAGGUAUCGAGCAGUAAGUCGGCCGAUUCAGUACUCUCGUCAGUCGCAAAAUGUGCGUCGAGUAUUUGCCAUGAUCGGCGCCACCUGGGUGAUUUCGCUGCUCGUGGCCAGUCCCAUGGUAUUUGGCGUGAACGUGCGACCACCGGACGCAAAUCCGCACGAGUGUCGUUUUUACAAUGCUGAAUUUUCGAUCGGCUCAUCUAUUAUCUCGUUUGUGAUCCCAUGUAUUCUGGUGCUGUUCGUCUAUAUUCGUAUUCUCAUUGCAUUGAAGAAACGAGAAAAGGCCGCAAAAUUGCGUCGAUUGAAGAAUCUACAGGCAAAUGCGAGGUGA